GAUGCUGCCACCAUUUUGAAGAAACCUAGAAAAACAAACAAUUCUUCUUUUUUCAAUGGACAUUAGCACAUACUAAUUCUUUCGGUCGGUAAAAUCGAUACUAUUUUACGUGAAUGGUAAAAUCAAAGCACGAUCGCAUCACCUUCGUCAAAGAUUGUCGUGAUUAUAGACCUCGCUAGAUCGCAGAGUACGCAGAAUACAGAUUGGAUUCAGUUUGCAGUCACUGAAAUCUAUGCCGUCCAUAACCAUACGAUUAUGCUACGUCGAUGAUGUGCCGUGUUGGCGAGUGCGAAUGUAUGGUUAUAAAACCUCUUGACAUGAAAAGAGGUCAAGGAGUGGCAAAAGGUGGUCACUGAGAAAAGUACUUUAAGUGACGGUAAAGACCAUUUUUUAUGAUCCGAAUCCCCAACAUCGAUGAACGGCUGUGGUUGUAAUUUGCCAAAUACUUUUGUGAUACUCUGAAGACAGACUACUUUUAUUAUUGUAAUAUGUCAUCCAUUAAACAGGAGGUGAUUGUGAAGGAGGAGCAGGUGAUUGUGAAGGAGGAGGAAGAAUUCUGUCACGUUGAACCCUCUUCAGGGCAAUCGAAAAUAGGUGUUAGUGAUAUUCAGUCAGACGGGAGUGAGUCUGACCUGGGACAUUGUGAAAGUAUGUAUAAGGACGAGCACUAUAGUGAUAAUGUAAAGUUAAGUGAAGUGAGUGAAGUAACGGAUAUUAAUAUUGAUGGGAAUGGUGGAUAUUCCUCGGAAUCUUUGCUGAAAGUCUACAGAAUUGACGAGGUGGUGUUUAAUAGCCAAGGGGAAGUUAUGAUAAAGGAAACAAACGAAUUAGUACGUAACGAACAAGAAGAGUGUUUUGGCUUCUAUAAUUCAAACACGAUCCCCGCAUUAAAGAUAAAUGCUAACACCGAGGGGGAAACAACAUUUGACUGCGAUUUUUGUUCCAUAUCGACCUCGUCUAUGCAGUAUCUGAAACGACACACAUUGGUUCAUACCAAAUUUAAGCGGCCAAUAGUCCAAUGCCAAUUCUGUUCAUUCAAGUCGACUCUUAAAAUAGUACAAAUUCACGUCUUGGAGAAGCAUUACGUAUCCUCGCAACAUUGCCCAUACUGUUCUUUCACGACCAAGUAUCGAAACACUUUAACAACACACUUGCUGCUACACACUAAACAUAAACAUCAGUUGUUUAGGUGUUCGUAUUGCUCCUACGAGUCGCCUAAAGGAACCUUGCGAAUGCAUAUAUCUCAAUGUCACAAAACUAGUCGACAGGUUAUGAACAAACCUCCCACACAAGUAUUAAUUUCGAUGACUUCUUGUAUUACUUGUAGGUUUAAUAAAAAGAGUAAGCCUAUCAAAAAUCAGGAUUCGGUCGGUAGUAAAAAUCUUGUGGUGGAUAUAGUCAAAAGCGAUGGAAGGGAAGUUGUGACUAAUAAAGUUAAGAAAAAUAAAAAGGACGCCGUUGUUCUCGGUAACAACAAGGUGUCGAAGAUAUGCGCAAAGAACAAGCGUAAACCCCAAAAGACCCAAGAAAAGUAUCAUGAUAAAGAUGCUACAAAUGUUUUAACUUGUCCUCAUUGCUACUUUAGGUCGCCGCAUAAGAACAUUUGGAGCAGACAUUUCAAUAGAUGCAACCCGCAGAACGAUAGAACGACCGAGAUAAUCCUUAAAGACCCCCCAAAAUCUCAGGAAGAACCAUGGGGUGAUUACGAGUGCGAAAUUUGCAAUUUUAAAACGAGUUACGCGAAUUCUUUAACGAUUCACAAGAUUAUUUUGCAUCCAAGACUGCCCAGUGCCGACGAAAAGUCCGAUUCGUUAAGUAACUCCGGAUUAAUAAGAGACGCGCAGGGUCAUAAACGCGGCAAUCGAGAGCAGAAAGGCAUUAAGAAGCGAGGUCUUAAGUCCUUUCCCUGCGACAUGUGUCCCUUUGUGUCAAAAAGUAAUAGUGGUUUUGCGAGUCAUAAGUUGUUUCACUUGAGAAGACAAAAUAAGACUAGUACAUAAAUAAAUAUCUGAAAAUGGGAUUGCUUCAAAAGUACAAACGUUUGCAUUUUUCGAGUAUUCUCCAAAUACAGAGAUUAGCAAGAUUGCGACUUGACUGAGAGAC